GCGCGCCACUAUUCAAUACUCUGAAAAGUGACGGCGCGAGAGUCUGAUCUCUGACGCGAAGCUAUAUUUCCUCUGCGGUUGUACGUGCGAUUAUACGUGCGAUACAUUCUCAACGUUUGUGUGAAGAAAUUUAUUUUAAAUAAACUUCUGUGUUUUAUUAUCUGAUUGUACGUAAUUAAAUACAUUGUGAAAAGAUGCCGGAGGACGUCACCAUGGCUAAUGCCGGAGAGGUUGAAACUUUCGCUUUCCAAGCUGAAAUUGCACAAUUAAUGAGUUUAAUUAUUAAUACAUUUUAUUCCAAUAAAGAAAUUUUUAUUCGAGAAUUGAUUUCAAAUGCAUCUGAUGCAUUAGACAAAAUUCGCUAUGAAUCUCUUACGGAUCCAUCUAAAUUGGAUACAUGCAAGGAAUUAUUUAUUAAAAUUGUUCCUAAUAAAAAUGAUCGUACUUUAACCAUACUUGAUUCUGGUAUUGGUAUGACAAAAGCUGAUCUUGUGAACAAUUUGGGUACCAUUGCUAAAUCUGGUACAAAAGCAUUUAUGGAAGCUCUUCAAGCUGGUGCCGAUAUUUCUAUGAUUGGCCAGUUUGGUGUAGGUUUUUAUUCUGCUUACCUUGUAGCAGAUAAAGUUGUUGUAAUUUCAAAACACAAUGAUGACGAACAAUAUGUAUGGGAGUCUUCUGCUGGUGGUUCUUUCACUGUCCGCCCUGACAAUGGAGAACCAAUUGGAAGAGGUACCAAAAUUAUUUUACAUAUUAAGGAAGAUCAAACUGAAUAUUUGGAAGAAUCUAAAAUCAAAGAAAUUGUGAAGAAGCAUUCUCAAUUCAUUGGUUAUCCAAUUAAACUUGUUGUUGAGAAGGAAAGAGAUAAAGAAUUAAGUGAAGAUGAAGAAGAGGAAGAAGAACCUGCAAAAGAAGAAGGUGAAGAUACAGGUAAACCUAAGAUUGAAGAAGUUGGAGAAGAUGAAGAUGAAGACAAACCUAAAGAUGAAAAGAAGAAAAAGAAGAAAACUAUUAAAGAGAAAUACACUGAAGAUGAGGAAUUAAAUAAGACAAAACCAAUCUGGACAAGAAAUCCAGAUGAUAUUUCUCAAGAAGAAUAUGGUGAAUUUUACAAGAGUUUAACAAAUGAUUGGGAAGAUCAUUUGGCUGUCAAACAUUUUUCAGUUGAAGGUCAAUUGGAAUUCCGUGCAUUGCUUUUCAUUCCGCGACGUGCACCUUUUGAUCUUUUUGAAAAUAAAAAGAGAAAGAAUAACAUCAAAUUAUAUGUACGUAGAGUCUUCAUUAUGGAUAAUUGUGAAGAUCUUAUUCCAGAGUAUCUUAACUUUAUUAAGGGUGUAGUUGAUAGUGAAGAUCUUCCAUUGAAUAUUUCUCGUGAAAUGUUACAACAAAAUAAAAUUCUUAAAGUCAUCAGAAAGAAUCUUGUCAAGAAAUGCUUAGAAUUAUUUGAAGAAUUAUCUGAAGAUAAGGAAAGUUAUAAGAAAUGCUAUGAACAAUUUAGCAAGAAUAUAAAAUUAGGUAUUCAUGAAGACAGUCAAAAUAGGAAAAAACUGUCAGAAUUACUUAGAUAUCAUACAUCUGCAUCUGGAGAUGAAAUGUGUUCAUUAAAGGAUUAUGUUGGAAGAAUGAAAGAAAAUCAGAAACACAUUUACUAUAUCACUGGUGAAAGCAGAGAACAAGUAGCCAAUAGUUCAUUUGUAGAAAGGGUUAAGAAGCGUGGUUUCGAAGUAGUAUACAUGACAGAACCCAUUGAUGAAUAUGUUGUACAACAAUUGAAGGAGUUUGAUGGCAAACAGUUGGUCUCUGUAACGAAAGAAGGUUUGGAACUUCCAGAAGAUGAAGAAGAAAAGAAAAAACGUGAAGAAGACAAAGCCAAAUUUGAGAAUCUCUGUAAAGUUAUGAAAGAUAUUUUAGACAAAAAAGUAGAAAAAGUUGUAGUAUCUAACAGGUUAGUCGAUUCUCCAUGCUGUAUUGUUACAUCACAAUAUGGAUGGACUGCAAAUAUGGAAAGAAUUAUGAAAGCUCAAGCUCUCCGAGAUGCAUCUACUAUGGGAUACAUGGCUGCCAAAAAGCAUUUAGAAAUUAAUCCAGAUCAUCCAAUUAUGGAAAACUUGAGGCAAAAGGCUGAAGCUGACAAGCAUGAUAAGUCUGUGAAAGAUUUGGUCAUGCUUCUUUUUGAAACAGCUUUGUUGUCUUCUGGCUUUGCCCUUGAAGAUCCACAAGUACAUGCUUCCAGAAUAUAUAGAAUGAUUAAACUUGGUCUUGGUUUUGAUGAUGAUGACACACCAAAUGUAGAGGAUGAAAAAAUGGAUACAGAAGUUCCUCCACUAGAAGAUGACACAGAAGAAGCAUCUAGGAUGGAAGAAGUAGAUUAAGACUUCUACUGUUUAAAAUUAUUUAAUUAAAUCCAAAGACUUCUAGGAUGUAGAAAGACUGUUACAAAUUAAUUACUUAAGUACUGAACUUUCGUUUUUGUCUUUCUAUAUGUGACAGAAUGAAGUGCCAUGCUUCUCUUAAGUAUUGCAUAUUGCUAAUUCUGUAUUUAUUUGAUAAAUAUGAGAUGAAGUAUAGAUGUUUUGUGCAUUCCUUAAGUAGUGCUAUAUCUUUAAAUCAAGCCUGUCACUUGAUUCUGUCUCUAAAUUCUUUUUUAUGACAUCAUUUUCAUGUGUCUGCAUUGUCAUUUUAGUUUUUUUUGCACUUGUACAUCAUUACGAUUUCAUUUCGCAUUUUCAUCAUUCCAUUUUGAAAUCGUCAUGUAGUCCGAUAAAAGAUUAAAAUCGUUAUAAACAGUUUUGUGCGUAAUAAAACAACCUUACACAUAAAAAA